ACAGCAGAUUGAUCACUUGAAUUUCUCGCCUGGUUGAUCGAAGUUUUGGCUGAACUGAGCAAGCAAGACGAAGUUCAAGAUGCAGUUCAAGGGAAGUGUAAUUUUGCUUUUUCUCUUUGGCUGUUUUACUGUUGUCCAUUCAAGAUCUUAUACGGUGUUGAUUAUUACUGGUUCGUCCGAUACCAGCUCACGCGUGGAGAUAAAAUUCGUUGGUGACAUUGGAACUUCCUCUGCACACAUUCUUACCCCACGAGGAGGAACCUUUAAACGACUUAGUAAAUACGCGUUUCGCGGACUGAACGAUCGCGAUGUUGGCGAAUUGAAUGGCGUGGAAAUCUACCUUCAUUCUGGAUCGUCAUCCUCAUGGCCUAUUAAAAAGGUACUAGUCGUUUCCAAUGGUCGUCGUUAUGUGUUUGUGAACUAUCAAGGAGACAUCUAUCCAGGCAAAUGGACCUACAUUAGAGCCAAUUGUCCUUUUGGAUUCAAGAAAGCUUCAGAUGGAAGUUGCGUAGAUAACAACGAGUGCCUUCUGGCAAACGGUGGCUGUGAAACAUUCUGCCAUAACAACGUUGGCAGCUACACAUGCAGUUGUCGCAGUGGCUUUGAGUUGUACAACAAGCUGAGAUGUCGAGAUAUUGAUGAGUGCGCACGUAAAACAGACGACUGUGAUGAUCAAUCUACAACCUGCUAUAACUAUAAGGGAAUCUAUGAAUGUCGUUGCAAGAAAGGAUUCAAAUACAUACCCAAUAACAAAAGACGGUGUGAACUUAUUACAUGCCACCCAGUAGUCGAGGCGCAAGGUACCUCGGUAAGUCCCAGUGAAUGCUUGGUAAAAAAUGGACGAAAAGUUGGAGACCAAUGUACAUUUAGCUGUAAAGCAGGUUACUUCCUGCCAGAUCCAAGCAAGAAUACCAUGACGUGUUUGGAUACUUCCGGCUGGGAUAUGGCCCUAAUUUACUGUAGACCAAAAAGAUGUCCAAGUCUUACCCCACCAGCCAAUGGAUACGUCUAUCCACCAUUCUGUAGCACUACUGGCAACACCUUUAAGCAAUCUUGCUAUUAUCAGUGCAACAAAGGCUAUACCCUGAAAAAUGAUCAGAAUCCUGAAAUAGUUUGUACAAAAAGUGGUGCUUGGAGUAACAGCACUCCAGCGACUUGUGUCAAAGUAUUUGUUAAACCUUGGAUCAACUGUCCAACAUCAGUCAUGGUUACAUUAGCCCCGAACGCUUCUCAUGCUGACGUCACAGCCUUGCUUUCAAAGCCAAGGAGCAAUGUUGAUGACGUUAAAAUGUUUCCAGAAAAAUAUCGAACGAGUCUUGUGUUCCCAGCUGGUACAACUAAGCUGACCUACAAAGCUACCAACAAAAAUGGUGACUUUGCACAGUGCACUACAAAUAUCAUCAUUGAAGAUAAAGAACCUCCAAAGGUUGUCUACUGUCCACCAAAUAUUUACAAAGUUGUUAAUGGACAAAGUACACAGGUGUCAUGGACUCUUCCCAAGUUCUCUGAUAACGUCGGAGUAACUAAAGUAACUUCAACUCACAAUCCGGGCGACACUUUCAAGGUUGGUCCAUUGCCUGUGUAUUACACCGCAAGUGAUGCUGCUGGUAAYACGAUUAGUACUUGUAGCUUUGAUGUCAACGUCAAAAAGGCCGAAUGUCCAAAACCUCCAGCACCAGAUGGUGGUACGAUAAGCGUUCAUGAUUUCAACGGCUAUAAAUAUGCCACUAUCAAGUGUAACCCAGGCAAACAAGUGUUCAUUGGAAUGCCGACAAUCAAUUGUCACAAAGACACUCUCAAAUGGGAUCCAGUACCUGAUUGUGUUGAUUCUGUACCAAUGCCUUCCUCUGGUAUCUGUGAUCAAGGCUAUGUCAAAAAAGGAGGAAUACAUAGUCAAAAUAUCUGUGUAAAGUGUCCUCGUGGCUACGCAUAUGAUACUGUCACGAAAAACUGCACCAAGUGUCCCAAAGGACAGUACAGUGAUAGAGAAAGCAGCUUAUCAUGUACUCCAUGUCCACUUAACCAAGGAACAUUGACAGACGGUGCUAAGGCGUGUUUGCAUAAAUGUUCUCCAGGUCAAGCAUCAGCAAAUGGAUUUGAAAAUUUUCAAUGCCAAUUUUGCAGACAAGGAUUUUACGAGGAUCGUUAUGGAUCUACUGCAUGCAAAGCCUGUCCGAGUGGACUCUCGACUCUUUCGAUUGGAGCAAGUCAUCUGAACGACUGCGGAGUACGACCAAGUUUCACUGAGUUUGUAGUUCAACCCAAUAAUGUGACUGAGGGAAACCAAGUCGACAUCAUCUGCAAAGGAACUGGUGUACUUGCACCGUCGUUUAGCAUCAAGAAGGUUGUGCCUACACUAGACGGAUUUGGUGGACCAGUGAUGAAGUCGAUGAUCCUUGACGAUUCUCGUAAAGUCCUUGGUUUACGCUACACAAUCACUGAAACAACCGUACAUGAUGCUGGCUCCUAUGAGUGUGAGAUACAAAACAAGUUUGGCAAAAGUGAGAGCUCCGUCACUCUUCGUGUGAAGCUUAAUACAUCCUAGGAUCGAGUAUGAUCGAGUUCAGGACUUUUCUAUAAAUGAUAUAUCCCAGUAUAUAUUUAUAGUAGCCGUGAUCUGGACGAAAUGUUUCUCAGUGAACUUAAACAUAAUAAACAAUCUGGACUAUAUCA